AUGUCAAUUCUUGAUCAAAUUUAUCAAAUAGGUCAAAUUAAUCGAGCACAAAAACGCGAUGAAUAUAUGCGUUUUUGUAAUAUGCUUCAACGAUUGAUCGAUCUCGAUCCAUGGCCUGAAUCGAUUCGAUUGAUUCAAUUCGAUGAUGAACAAUAUCGAUCUAGAGAACAAUCGAAUGACUAUACAUCAAACGCCAUAGGUUAUGCCGAUAUUAAACCAUUUUGGUUACAAAUUAAGGAAGAUAUCGAUGAAUACUAUCAGCCAUCACCGACGACUGUAGCAGCUCUCGAUGUCAAUACAAAAAUAAUUCCGAAUGAACAGAGUAAACGUAUAGCCUUGUUUUUUACUGAAAGAGCACAAGAAGAUCAAUCGAUUAGAACUUUCAUCACAGAUUUAAAAGAGAAAUUAAGACAACAAGGUUAUGUCGUUGAUUCGGCCAACAAUCAUUGGGAGAUUGAACAGAGUAUUUUCAUUUGUACGGGUCAACAAAAUGAUGAAGACAAUCGUCAAAUGAUGCGUAUUGCACAACAUAAUAUCAUACAACGUGAUACUAUGCGUGAUGUUUUUAUUCUUGUUAAUGAAGCUAUUGAACAUUUUCCAUGUCAAUUCAUUCGUUCAAUACCAUAUCUAACAGUAGAUCUUCAUCGUCGAACACCACAAUGGAAUAAGAAUGAAAUUCAUGAAGUAAUUAAUUAUCUCAAUAAGAUGAAUGUACUCUCGAAAGAUUACACUAAUUUAUUUGAAAAUCGAAUUGAAUUUGAUCAAGAAUUGUCUCCACAAUGUACAAGUGUUGGAUUAGGUUGUACUGCAGCAUUUUAUUUUAAUUAUGCCAAAAUGAUUACUUCAACAAAUGAUCAUCAAUAUCGAUUGAAUUUUAUCGAAAUCGAAUUGAAUAAGGAACAUAAUACCAAUGGGCAACAGGACACAAUGAUUUUCAUUCGAAAAUGGGUUUUUAUUCUUCCAUGGACAAUCGAAUAUUCCACACAAUUGAUUUCUAAUAUUCUUAAAUUAUCAGAGGAAGAACAACGAAUUAUUGGAUUUAAAUUGAUCGAAUGGAAACCGAUCAAUACGAAUUUCUCUCAUUUACCAUUGACGAUAACUGUCGGUGGUGUCUUUCAACGUUCAUAUACUUCUUUAGUGAUUUAUCAAUUGACACGUUUAGUCGAUGGCAAAACUAUCUAUUUUCCUAUGGAACUACCAGCUGCUCUCCGUGGUCUACAAAAUCGAUAUCAAUCUAUUCUUUCACAUUUCAAUUUUGGAUGUUUCGAUCCAGUGGAACAGGCUCGAAUCUUUCGAGAAGUAGUACUUGAUUAUCAAUCAAGAGAUUCUCAGGCCGAUUGGCACAAACAUAUUAUUCUAAUACCAUUGAAUGAAUCAACUGAAAAUCAUGUUAGAACAGCUGAAAUAUUACUUCCGACUAUUUGGACUCAAUUGACUUUGCCAAUGGUACAUGACAACAUACAGUAA